AUGUGCGAAACGACGAGAAACGACGAUCAGGCCUGCUUCGCAUGGGCAAUUACGUCAGCUCUGUAUCCCGCACAAGCGAACCCGCAAAGAACCACUUCCUAUCCACAUUACUCCCGCACUUUGGACUACGACGGUAUCCAAUUUCCUAUGAAAUUAACUGACAUACCGAAAUUUGAAUCGAAGAACCAUUGCUCUGUGAAUGUCUACGGGACUGAAUCCGUUUUGAAAGAUGGAAAGUGGACAUGGGAAAUCGUUGGCCCCCUUUACUACUCACCCAUCAAGCGACGGCUACACUUCAAUCUGCUCUUGCUCGAUGAUGAUCUAGGAAAUAAUCAUUACUGUUGGAUAAAGGACAUGUCCCGUUUACUUUCUCAACAACUUUCUAAAACUGGACAUCGCAAAUUCUUAUGCGACGGUUGCCUACAAUACUUCUCCACUUUACCUCACCUACAUCGUCAUCAGCAGCAUGACUGUAAUCAUGUCUACACCAGCCUUCCCAACGGUGAUUUCAAGAUGGAUAAGAUGGUUUGAAGGUCCAGCGACGAUGCAUCUUAUUGUUGAUGGUAAUAAAGGCCCAUGACGAUUUAUUUUCGCAGCAAUGUUGAAGUCGCGAUUGGUUAUCGGUAGAGCAGAUGGAUGUUGUACUAUCCGCAUGUUUCUUCAUUAUUAAACGAUUUUGCUGUGUUAACGGAUAUAUAAAUUUAGAGUUAACGUUGCUUAUAUAGUCAGUUGGUUCGCAAUAGUGAAAGCACUCACACCAAACCUAAUACAUGAAACGCGGCGUUCUGAAUAGUAUUAUAGAUAAGUUACCCAUUGAAAUACACCUCCCAGGUUAUAAUUUUUGUGGUCCAGGGACACGAUUAAACAAACGAUUAGCGAGAGGUGAUAUCGGUAUAAAUCCUCUCGACGAAUAUUGUAAAUUGCACGAUAUUGUAUACGCAAUUUCACCAGACAUUUCACAACGUCGAAUAGCGGACAAGGUUUUAGCGCAUCAAUCUUUACGAAGA